AUGGCCUUUCGAUUCGGAUUCGGUGAUGAAGAUGGCGCACAACCAGCGGCGGCGGCGGGCGAUGGAGAAGUGCCACCAACACCACUACGGCCGGUGCAUGAGCAUCCGUUGCAGGAACUGCUCGAUACUCUGCCGGACCAGCUAAGCUAUAGCACGGUGCAAAUCGAGUCGCCGACGGGGCGAACGAUACACCUGCCCCGGAGAGAGUUGUACGAUAUUCGCCUCCAGCUGUUGUCCGAGGACGAGACCAACGACGAAGUAGUUGAUCAGCUCGACAACUCUGACCUUCGAUCUGGAAUCUACGAGGGCGGCUUCAAGACUUGGGAGUGCUCGCUGGAUCUUGCGAGCUUACUGUUAGAUCGUGGGCCGCGGAAGGAUAUUGAUGAUUUGAUGCGAUGUGAUCAAGUGGUGGAGCUUGGAGCUGGCACAGCGAUGCCAUCUCUGGUGCUCUUCCAGCAUGCAUUACUCAACAGCAUACCCAUGACUUUCGUCUUUGCGGACUACAACGAUGCUGUACUGCGCCUUGCCACAUUGCCAAACAUGCUGCUAACAUGGGCGCUGAAUACGACACCCGAUGGCCCUACAAGCGACAACAUGCACGUAAGCUCCAAAGGCGAUCUGGGGCUAAAUGAAGACAUCCUCAAACGCUUCAAGGACGACAUGAAGGCCAGGAACAUCAACUUCAUCUUCCUCUCCGGACCAUGGUCACCCGAUCUGGCUUCUCACAUUCCAAACUCAUCGCCAGAUCUAGGAACGGUCAUCCUAGCAGCCGAGACUAUAUACAGUCCCGCCUCAACAACCGCUUUCGUCGAGUUGGUAGUGACGCUACUGAAACGAGUCAAGAUGGCUAAAGUAAUGAUCGGAGCGAAGCGGAUGUACUUCGGUGUUGGUGGGAGCGUUGACGGGCUGAAGGAGGCUUGUCGAGAGCGAGGGGCGGUGGCGUAUGAGAUUGAGAACCAUGGGGUGCCGGGGAUGGACGGUGGGGUUGGGAGGGCAUUGGUGGAGGUGCAGAUGUACUGA